UUUGAAGGCGGAGUCUUGGGUCCUCAGCUCUCUCUUUCCGCUGUACCCGCCAUCUUGUAGAUACCGGGGUAAUCAGGCACCAUGACGAACACCAGAGGCAAAAGGAGGGGGACCAGGUACAUGUUCAGCAGGCAAUUCCGCAAGCAUGGCCCUAUUCCCUUGUCCACAUACAUGCGCAUCUACAAGAAGGGUGACAUUGUUGAUAUCAAGGGCACAGGAACUAUUCAGAAGGGUAUGCCUCACAAGUGCUACCAUGGCAAGACCGGGCGAGUUUACAAUGUAACCCAACAUGCUGUCGGCAUCAUUGUCAACAAGCAAGUGAAGGGUAAAAUCCUGGCCAAGAGGAUAAAUGUUCGCAUUGAGCAUGUCAAGCACUCAAAGAGCAGGGACAGUUUCCUCCAGCGUGUCAAGGAAAAUGAGGCCAAGAAACUGGAGGCCAAACAGAAGGGCACCUGGGUGGAGCUAAAGCGUCAGCCUGCUCCUCCUCGUGAGGCUCACUUUGUCAGCACCAAGAAGAACGAGCCCCAGCUCUUGGAGCCCAUCCCAUAUGAGUUCAUGGCAUAAAUGUUCUCAAAUAAAGUCUUUGUACAGAUACAA